CUCAGUUGGAGUCGUCUCCUGCUGCAGCUUCACCUCCAGCGUCUCUGCCCGACUCUUCUUCAGCUCCUUGUCUUUUGCAGUGAGCGCGGCCAGGCAGUCGAUGGAGGCGUUGGGACGAGAUCUCCUUUUCUUUUCUGCACAGCACUUGACCAUUCCUCUCAGUGUUGGCUGUGAUCGAGCGUCAUAGGAAAGCCAUCAGUGUGCGUCAGGUCUGUGGAACCUGGGACACACACACCUCUCCCCUGCAGGUUUCUCCGUCCUGCUCCCACCUGAGCCGUCAUGGAUCUAAUGGAGUAGGGAAACGUGAGCUGUGGAGUUAAAAACUGUAGCACGCCAGGCUUCCAGGGAAACUGCUCCAACCAAGACUGUCAGGAGGAGGAAACAAUGUCUGGAUCGAUCUUGUUAGUGUGUUUGACUGUGAUUGUGGUUCCACUGAUAAUCUUCGGCCUUCUUGGAAACACACUGACCCUUCUGGUGGUUUGGCUUCGCCCAAACAUGAGAAGCUCCGCCCACCUCUACCUGAGCAGCAUGGCUGUUAGUGACCUGCUGAAUCUCCUGCUGCUGGCUCUGGAUCUAUUGCAGAGCUGGACAGACUGGAAGUUAGGAGUCUUCGCCUGUAAGCUGACCAUGUUCCUCUCAGAGGGCUGCACCUUGUGCACCAUCCUCCACAUCACCUUUCUCUCCCUGGAGAGGUACCUGGUUGUCUGCUGGCCAAUCACCGCUAUGACGCUGGUGACACGUCGCAGAACCUGGGCUCUGAUUGGCUGCCUCUGGCUGGGAGCGGCUGUCAGUGCAGCACCAUUUUUGGUCAUGAUGGAAGUGGAGAAAGUGGAUCAUAUGGGAAAAGAGGUUAAUGACACAAAGUGCAGCAUUUCAAAAUCCUCAUUCUCCUCUGGCCUCGUGUUGGCCAUGAUAAUUCUCUACAACCUGUAUGUCCUGGUUCCCCUGUGCAUCCUGGGACUGGUCUACAUCCUGAUUGGACGGACUCUGAGGCUCCGUCCACAAAGCAGCCGUAAAGACAAGAGUCACCGACACACAGUCAAGAUGCUGGGAGUGAUCUUCUUGGCCUUCGUCCUGUGCUGGCUGCCCUACAUCGUCGGUCUGACCAUGAGCUAUGUUUCUCAGAGCACUCCUCCUGAAAGCACAGGCAACAUGGCCUCUGUUACCGAACCUGUUAGCCUCUCAGACUGGGACCUGAAGACACGAGCUCACACAGACACAGAUGAUGCACUCUGUGAAAACACAAACAACGAGAUCGACACACACAGUGAUGCAGACGCACACUUGGUGGACUCACAACCUGAAACGCUCACUGACCCGGGCGCAGGUUCUGAUGAUACAAGCGCACAUCAUGUUGUAUCACACGACGUCAGAGCUGGAGAGAGCACACACAACCUGGGUCCUCGCACUGAAACAGACACACACUCGGAGAUACACAAUACUACACAUAACAAGCAAAACACAACCCUUUGCAUAAAGUCACAGAAGGACACACUCAGUCUCACAACACCGACAGCAGGCACAAACACAUAUGUUGUGACGCCCACUAACAGUACACACAAUAACACACUGACUGACCCCCAGUUGGUUUUUAUCCUGGUCGCCUCGGUCCUCUCCCGCCUCAGUGCUGCCAUCAACCCUCUGGUGUACAACCUGAUGUCCGCCAGGUACAGACACGCUGUGCGUAGCCUCGUGCACACGCACUGUCUCACACCGUCUCACUGACUGAGCACAACGCUCUCAUCAGGACACUCCACAACCACUUUGUAAACAUAUAGGCACACGUAACAACAGCAGAAACACAAGGUAGCUGUGAUGAUCACUGGUGGUUCUGCAACGACCAUAUUAACAAACUGAAUUCAGCUGCUUUCAGACCUGCACUGAACUAAGAUAUCAUGAGCUUUGACUGUAGGAGCAGCUAACACUCUGCUAACACACAGCUAACCCUGCUAACACACAGCUAACCCUGCUAACACAGCUAACACACAGCUAACACACAGCUAACCCUGCUAACACAGCUAAUACACAGCCAACCUUGCUAACACACAGCUAACCCUGUUAACACAGCUAAUACACAGCUAACACUCUGCUAACACACAGCUAACCCUGCUAACACCCAGCUAACCUUGCUAACUCAAAGCCAACACACAGCUAACCCUGCUAGGACACUGCUAAUACACAGCCAACCCUGCUAACGCAGCUAAUACACAGCUAACACACAGCUAACCUUGCUAACACAGCUAAUACACAGCCAACACACUGCUAACACACAGCUAACCCUGCUAACACAGCUAAUACACAGCUAACCCUGCUAACACCCAGCCAACACACUGCUAACACACAGCUAACACCCUGCUAACACACAGCUAACCCUGCUAACACCCAGCCAACACACUGCUAACACACAGCUAACACCCUGCUAACACCCUGCUAACACACAGCUAACACACAGCUAACACACAGCUAAUCCUGCUAACUGAGCUAGCAGCAGUUAUUUACAGAUUUUCUGUCACAGUAACAUUCAGACAUUUCCGCAAUCUACCCGGGGUGGGCGGGGCCCUACCUAGCCUCCGAUCAGUUAGUUUAAGGCAAGUCCAGUGAUGAUUGGUUGGAGUUUUGGGAACGAUUUCUUGUUCUCUCUUUUUUGUUGUCUCUUUUCACUCUUAUCUUUUGGUUUAUAGUCUUUUAUUCCAAGUUCCAUAUC